GACCAUCUGGGGAGGUCAGCCUCAUCAUCCAGCUAUAGUCAGAGCCCUGGGCUUCCCUGACACUAUCUUCACCAUGAGUGGGUGCCCCUUUUUAGGAAACAACUUUGGAUAUGCUUUUAAACCACUCUCUGCACAAGACAAUGAAGAAGACAAAUCACAGGCCGGUGUGAAUAGAGCCCAGAAAGGAGGACUUAUCUACGGAAACUACCUGCAAUUGGAAAAAGUUUUGAAUGCACAGGAGCUUCAAAGUGAAAUAAAAGGAAAUAAAAUCCACGAUGAACAUCUUUUUAUCAUAACUCAUCAAGUUUAUGAACUCUGGUUUAAGCAGAUCCUGUGGGAAUUAGACUCUGUUCGUGAGAUCUUUCAGAAUGGCCAUGUCAGGGAUGAGAGGAACAUGCUAAAGGUGGUUACCCGAAUGCAUCGAGUGGUGGUGAUCCUCAAACUCUUGGUCCAGCAGUUUUCCGUCCUGGAGACCAUGACAGCCUUGGACUUCAAUGACUUCAGAGAGUACUUAUCCCCGGCGUCCGGCUUCCAGAGUCUGCAGUUCCGCCUGUUAGAAAACAAGAUAGGGGUUCUGCAGAGCUUGAGGGUCCCUUACAACAGAAGACACUACCGCGACAACUUCAGAGGGAAGGACAACGAACUUCUGCUGAAGUCCGAGCAGGAAAGGACGCUUCUGCAGCUGGUGGAGGCAUGGCUGGAAAGAACCCCAGGUUUAGAGCCGCAUGGAUUUAACUUCUGGGGCGAGCUUGAAAAGAACAUUGUCAAAGGUUUGAAAGAAGAAUUCACAAAGAUUCAGGCUAAGGAAGAGUCAGAGGAAAAGGAGGAACAAAUGGCUGAAUUUCAGAAGCAGAAAGAGGUAUUACUGUCCUUAUUUGAUGAGAAACGUCAUGAGCAUCUCCUUAGUAAAGGAGAAAGACGGCUAUCGUACAAAGCACUUCAGGGGGCCUUGAUGAUAUAUUUUUACAGGGAAGAGCCCAGGUUCCAGGUCCCUUUCCAGCUCCUGACUUUCCUCAUGGAUGUGGACUCACUCAUGACCAAGUGGAGAUAUAACCACGUGUGCGUGGUGCACAGGAUGCUCGGCAGCAAGGCGGGCACCGGCGGGUCCUCUGGGUACCAGUACCUGCGCUCCACCGUGAGUGACAGGUACAAGGUAUUUGUAGAUUUAUUUAAUCUCUCAACAUAUCUGGUUCCCCGACACUGGAUUCCGAAGAUGAACCCAGUCAUUCAUAAGUUCCUUUACACGGCUGAAUACUGUGACAGCUCUUACUUCAGCAGUGAUGAAUCAGAUUAAAAUCAUCUGCAAAAAUCCAUGAAGAAUAUUGCUUUCUCAGUCUGCAUUUUAAAAAUUUUCUAUGAAUUUUCAUGACUAUACAGAGUCCUAAUGUAAUAUAUGUACUUACAUAUAUAUAUAUAUAUAUAUAGCAUAUAUUAAACAUAUAGCACUGUAGAGCUGAUUCAAACCUAGAAAUAAUUUUAUCACCUCAUGUUUGUGAUAACAGACUAAACAUUAAGAUAAGAAAUUCAGUUAAAUUAUAACAAUGUACAUAGUGUGUUUUCCUAUUAAAAACAAUAUCCUAGUACUUAUCUUAAUGUAACCAUGUAAUGUAAUGGUUAUCUCAUUUCAAACUUUGUAAGCUUGUAAACUUCAGCUGUUUCAAAUAUUUUAUGUAAUAAAAUGUGUCAUUCUGUACAAAGAGGUGUUCAGUCAAACAUUUUUGCAAGUAUUAAAAUUGUUUUUGAUAUGUAUUCUUUUGGAAACAUAGAUUGCAUUUGUUAGGACUCUUGGUGACCAAGGACAGAAAUCUAUCUGAAACUUACCUCGAAGUGUUCACUGGGCAGUUACUCCAGGAGAUCCUAUAUGUGAGAAGAGUUUGGGAAACUUGGAGCCCCCAGGGAUGGAUGUGGGCCCUGGAGACCUCAGUUCCUGGCACCUGGGGGGAACUUGGUCUCACCUCUCUUUCUCAGUAGGGGUUGGCCUUGCUCUUCCCAGUUCUGUCCUCAGGCUGCAUCCAGGCUUCAGCACCUCUAGACUCCCAGAGGGAAAAGUGCUCUUCCCAGCCCCAAGACUCAUGAUCUGGGAGGCAGAGUGCACCCUAAGGCACAGCAGAAUUGAGGUGACCAGGGGUAUUCUUUCCAGAAAACAGGAGAGAGAUAAACUAAGAAAUGACCAAGUUCAUUUGUCAUGAAAAGUGUGAGACCCAGAGUUUAGAUCAGACAGGAGUGCCUUUCUUCUCUUUCUAGGAUGGCCUGGCAAUACUUAGUGGAAUUUCUGUUAUGAAAAUAUUUAAAAAAAAAGUUGGGAUGUAGAGUAACCUUGACCUAGGGUGAUUAUCUCUGUAAGAAGCAGGUUCUUGAUGGAACUGAACUAUUCUUUGGUCUCAAUUGCAACUUUUCUUAUAAGAAUCAUACUGUCUAGUUUAUCUCUAAAUUACAUAUAAUUGCUUUUGCCUAUAUGUGUGUGUGUAUACUUAUGUAGUAUCUGAUGGUGGUUAGGCUGAAAAAUCCAAAGACAAAUAGCAUGGUGGCCAAUGGUAGUCCCUUAAGUUUGACAGUAAAUGCAUCUAUUAAUUACCUAUUUUGAUACAACGAGGUUAAUGCCCAGUUUCCUAUCUGUUUAAUGGGGUCAAAGUUUACAAGUUUUGCUUUUUCUCAUGAAGUAGUGAAGAAAUAUGUUAAUGGAUGUUCUGUCACCAAGAUGCCUUGGAAGUUUGAAAUAAAUGUUAUUUGUCAAGACUUA